AUGAGCUACCUUUAUAAGACUGACGAAUAUCUCAAGUGCUUGUUUUGGCCAAAAUUGGUGAAAGAAAUAUUACUUACUUCUUAUGAAGAGCUUUUUAAUUUUAAUAAUAGAUUGAAUCAGCAUCGAAUAUUUGGGCUUACUACGUCAUGCAUACUUUAUAAUUUGUUUUUUUGCAGAGACCGUUUCCCGUAUUACAAAGCGAACGAUGAGCGCUGGAAGAAUUCUGUGAGACACAACCUCUCCAUCAACCCCCAUUUUCGUAAAGGAGCGCGCGCGCCGCAGGGUGCAGGCCAUUUGUGGUCAUUGGCUGCGAACGCUAUCGACUUGCUGCCCUUGAGAAAUACCAGUUUUGAGGAGGAGAUAACCGAGCUGGAACCCAUUCAGGAAGCCAGGAUAAUACAAUGUCCUAAGGUGAUUGUUCUCGACGAGGCAGCCAUCGCAGCCGCCAGUAUAAUACCCGACCAAGACUUAUUCACAGGUAGUAAAAUGUUCCUCAAUCCCGUGUCAGCAGAACAGGUGGUGAGGGAGUGCGGUCUUAUCACCACAGACUAGUGCCUUUGUGUCAAUUUAGGAUUAAAUUAUAUAUGUAGUUAAUUAUUGAGACAUCUUUAUGACUUUUUAACUUAAUCAGUGUUGUAAUUAAUUCAAAUUAACUACAAGAAUUUAUUACAUAAAGCAUGUUUUAUGAAGGGAGUGCCAAAGCGUCGAUUAUAUGUUUCUAAUGUAUCAAAUUAAAACCUUCGUAGACUUAUCACUGUACUUACACCUGAAGCCAUAAGCGAACUUUUUUGUGAUUUUCGGUCAAAUUAUUUUCUAAUAAACUUACAAAUAUUAUUUUAGUAGGGUUAUAUUAAAGGCAGUAUUUGAAACAUUACCAUGCGGCUUGGACCGAACUAUACAUUUUUUAAAUUAUUUUAAUUAUUCACACAUUUAGUAUAAGAUGGUGUUGAUUCUGCAGUUAUAUCCAGCCCUCCUUGCCCCGUGUGUUGCCACGCGGAUCUGUUCAUAAUAUACUCCACCAGUUGUUUUGUGACACGCGGCACGUGGCGGAGCGGGC